AUGAAUGGCAAGUAUAGUUGCAAAUCUGGUUACAAGUUGUUACAGGUUUUGACUUAUGAGGAUGCUCCUUCCUCAUCUCGUGCUGUCACGUUGCCACCUCCCUUGUGGAAAUUUUUUUGGAGAACAGAUGCGUUGUCUCGUUGCAAAGAAUUGACUUGGAGAGCUAUCAAAGGAGUUCUACCGGUGAGGCAUAGCUUGAGGGUCCGUGGAGUGGAUUUAGAUGAUGUUUGCCCUUUUUGUAGUUCAGAGCCCGAAACUUCUGAUCAUGUUCUGGUUCGUUGCCCAGCGGUGCAGCCGCUUUGGUUUGCAUCUCCCCUGGCUGUGCGCGUGGACCAGUUUUCGUCCAUGUUGGAGCUGGUUAUUGCUUUCCUAUCGACGGCGGAAGAAGAGCAUAUAACAGUGUUUCAAACCUGGGUUUAUGCUCUUUGGGAGGCUCGAAAUUCACAGGUGCUUGAUAGCAUUCUUGUUCGCAUGGAGAGGCUUCUUCAGCGAGUUGCUGGUUUGUGCGCACCACCUCAACCAGGUCCAGCGCCAGUGGUUCGGGAUCAGAGGCGCCUUGCUUCAUCAUGGUCAAGGCCGCGACAAGGGACGUCGAAGGUAAAUUUGGAUGCAUCAUAUCGUGAGGUGAAGGAGCUACCUACGGCAUGGUGGUGCGGAAUCAUUUGGGUGAGGUCCUUGCAGCAGCAGCUUCGCAUCCUACACCAGCUAUGUCUGCGUUGUUGGCGGAAGCUCAAGGCUUGCGGUGGGCUGUGGUGA